CCGCAUUCGCUGCACCUCGAGAUCAAGUGUUUUAGCUCUGACUUGGGCGCUUAGCUUUGUAAGCGUGACCAGUGUUUGCCACCGCGGAUGGCGAGGGACCUGAUCGGGCCGGCACUGCCGCCUGGCUUCAAGAACCGCGGGACAGCAGAGGAAGAGGAGCGGGACCCGAGUCCGGUUGCAGGACCUGCUCUGCCCCCUAAUUAUAAAAGCAGUAGUUCAGAUUCAUCAGAUAGUGACGAGGACAGUAGUUCUUUAUAUGAAGAAGGAAAUCAAGAAUCAGAAGAAGAUGACACUGGUCCAUCUACAAAAAAACAGAAGAGAAAUCAGGAUGAUGAUGAUGAUGAUGAUGGAUUUUUUGGACCUGCCCUUCCUCCUGGAUUUAAAAAGCAGGAUGAUUCUCCUCCAAGGCCUAUAAUAGGUCCUGCAUUGCCCCCUGGUUUCAUUAAAUCUACCCAGAAAAGUGACAAAAGCAGAGAUCCAGGACAAGUAUCAUCACACUUCAACUCUCAGAAGGAAACAGAUAGCAGUGAAGAUGAGGACAUUGUUGGGCCAAUGCCUGCCAAGGGGCCAGUUAACUCUAGUGUAACAACAGAGUUUGAAAAAAGAGCUCAGAGGAUGAAAGAAAAACUAACUAAAGGAGAUGAUGCUUCAUCUAAACCAAUUGUAAGAGAAUCAUGGAUGACUGAGCUUCCUCCAGAAAUGAAAGACUUUGGUCUUGGGCCAAGGACCUUUAAAAGAAGAGCUGAAGACAAAUCCGGAGACCGAUCAGUCUGGACAGAUACUCCAGCUGACAGGGAAAGGAAAGCUAAGGAGACACAAGAAGCAAAGAAGUCACUUGAUAAGAAGGAUGAGGAAUAUAUAUUUUCAGGAAGAGAUAAGAGAUUGGCUGAGCAGGUGUCCUUAUACAAUGAAUCAAAAAGAUCAGAAUCUCUUAUGGACAUUCAUCAUAAAAAAUUAAAGAGCAAGGCCACUGAAGAUAAAAAUAAGCCCCAAGAGAGAAUACCAUUUGACCGUGAUAAGGAUCUCAAGGUUAAUCGAUUUGAUGAUGCUCAGAAAAAAGCCCUAAUAAAGAAAUCUAGAGAACUGAACACCAGAUUUUCACAUGGCAAAGGCAGUAUGUUUUUAUAAGUGUCUUGAUUCCAGGUCCAGGAGAAGCUGUAUUUUGCUGCCAGUUUUUUUCACCAGAGCAGAGGUGGGUGUGUGUCCACCUGCAUGGCCUGUGGAGAACCUCAUUUGGAGGUUGGUAGGGGAUGGUGGCUCUAAGAAUAAUCUUUAAAAGCAUACAGAUUUACCUUGUUCUGUGAGUCCUUUGAGUUCAUGUAGAAAGAGAAAGUCAGCACUUCUUCUGCAGAAUAGAAUGUGUGGUUUGCCUUUGGCUUCUGAGGAAGCAUGGACUUUGCUUUAUGUAAUUAUUGUAAGAGUCUGCGCCCCCCUCUCCAGUUUCACAAUGUUUGUGAUAUCUCACAAGUUCCCCCUAAGACGUGGUCAGGAUUAUCUGCUGAAUCUCUGUCACAAACUAGUCCUUUUUUGUGUUGAAGUUAGAAAGAGGGCUUUCUGGGUUAUCUCGUAUAUUAAGGAAAAACUUAUUUUUCCAGCUUUAGUCAUAAGUAUUUCUAAAAGAGGCAGUUUGAGAGACAAAAUACACCAUUCAGUAUUUAAUACUUUAUCUUCAUGACUUAAACCUGAGUCUUUGAACUUUGCUUUGUGAUUAUACUACCUUACCAUUUAUAUAUGUAACAGUUUGUGGGUAAUUUACUGGAAUUAGAGCUUUUACAUCAAUCAUGGAUAGCCUUUUAUAAAAAAAAUCAAACUAAGCACCACUGAGUACAAAAAUGGAAAUGGAAAAUCUGUCAUCAUAGUCACCCCAAAAGGAGAAUUUUAAGUUUGUAACACUUUAAGCACUGCCUCUUAGGAUGUCUAUAAAUAGAGAUGGGUAUGGUGAGACGUGCCUAUAAUCCCAGCACUCGGGAGGCUCAGGCUGGAGGAGGAGCAAAGCAAUCCCAGGCUAUAUAGAGAGUUCAGUGCCAGCCUGAACGCCUGAACUACAUAGUGAGACCCUGCCUCAAAAAAAAAAAAAAAAAAAA